AAAAAAAUGCAUUUAACACAAACAUGCAUAGAAAGGCACUUAAAACCGAAGAAUGUUUUUUAUUGAAUAAUUGAGUAUAUCUCAAGGCGAUCUCGAGUGGAAGAUAAACAAACGGGAAGAUAAAUUGGAGUAAAUUGAACUUGAAGAACAAGAAUUAUAUAUUACCCACAACUAUUUGCUUUAAUAUAUCCAUCCUUGUUUACACUUGUUUUUUUACUUUCCAUAGGAUUCUGAUGACAUUUGUUUUCCUAAAGGAAAAAAUUAUAAAAAUGAUUUUGUUCUAAUACCGGUAUUUUCUAUAAAAGAUUUUUCAAUCAUUUGCUUUAGACAACGAUAGAAUCACACAAAAAUGAUUCCAGCUCGCAUUGUAUUGACUAUCCUUGUCUUCUUUGGCUACAUUACCAUUUCUGCAAUGCGAGUGAAUCUCAGUGUAGCCUUAGUAGCCAUGGUUGGAGUACCUAGAUCUGGCAAUGGAACUAAUGAAACAACGAUUACGUGUCCGGAACUUAUAAUUUCUAAAAACACAACAACAGAAGAAGAUGAAUUUUUAACAGGCGAAUUUACCUGGAAUUCUAACAUUCAAGGACAAAUAGUCGGAUCGUAUUUCUAUGGAUACAUAGUAACGCAGAUUCCUGGUGGUUUAUUAGCCGAAAGAUACGGUGCUAAAUGGAUUUAUGGAAUCGGGAUUCUGAUGACCACUCUCUUCUCAUUUCUGACUCCCAUAGCAGCAAGAUGGAAUGUAUGGUCGUUGGUUGCACUUCGAGUUGCUAUGGGAUUAGCUACGGGCGUGUCCUUCCCAGCGGUGAAUGUUAUGAUUGGCCAAUGGGUGCCGAAGAUAGAACGAAGUAGAAUAUCUACUGUUAUGAAUUUGGGGGUGAUUAUAGGCAAUCUUUUGACAAGCAUAGUCGCCGGACAUUUGUGCGAAGGGUCAUUUUUGGGUGGAUGGCCGUCUGUAUUUUAUGUUUCUGGUUUACUAGGGAGUGUAUGGUUUAUUCUAUGGGCUCUAUUAAUUCAUGAAAAGCCUGAAGAUCACCCCCGUAUUUCAAAACAAGAACUUAUAUAUAUUCAAGAUGGUAUUGACAACGCGAAAAAGAAAGUAAAUUAUAAAAAAAUUAAUAUUUUUAAAUCCAUUCCUUUCUAUAAGCUGAAUUGGGUUUUUUACACUUUACUCACAAUGAUGCCGACAUACCUGGGUAAUGUGUUACACUUUGAUUUAAAAGACAAUGGUUUGGUAUCUGGUAUACCUUACUUGAUGAUGGCACUUUUCGCACUUCCUGCAAGCGUAGUGGCUGAUUUUCUCAGAGCUGGGGAUUAUCUCCAUAUCACCACGAUUAGGAAAAUAAUGAACAGUAUAGCAUUUUUUGGCCCUGCUUUAUGCUCAGUAGCCAUUUAUUUUGCUGGCUGCAGGUCCAUCCUCAUCAUCACUCUACUCUCUUUGUUAUUUGGUCUCAACGGAUUAAUGUUUUCAAGUAUAAUGGUGAACCAUGUCGACAUGAGUCCUAAUUACGGAGGAACUCUUAUUGGCAUAACAAAUGGAAUCGCAACACUACCAGGAUUUCUUGCACCCUUGUUUGUUGGAGCAAUACUGAAAAGUGGUCAAACACUCCGAAAUUGGGGUCUUGUAUAUCUUAGUUUAGCGGGUAUCCAUUUCUUUACUGGACUUUUCUAUAACAUUUUUGCAUCAGCUGAACUCCAACCAUGGAAUGAUGAAAGCGAGGAGGAAAAUUCUGAAAAGAAAGAUUCCACUGUAGCCGAUAGUCAACAAACAAAAUUCUAGAAUGAACAUCUCUAAAGAACGAGCUCUGUGUCUCACACAUCUUUAAAGAACGAGCUCUGUGUCUGCUUUAGUCGACAUUUGUAUCUUUGUAUAUAAGAAACAUUCAAAACAUGUAUUCAUCCAUGCAUUAUCAUUAAAUUUCUCGUAUCAUUAA